GUGAAAUGGCACCAUGAAUUCUGACAACAUUGCUGCCAAAAUCGUAAAAAAAAUUGCCUAAAACUCGCAACGCCAGAGAUAUCACGAGGCAACACGCACAUGAACGGAUAAAGAACGUACAGAACUAGCCAUGGAUAGGCUCGAUAGACAAAACGGAUUUAUAACACCACCAGACGCACCGAUUUUCGAGCCGACUGAGGAAGAAUUUACCGAUCCGCUGGCUUACAUUGCUAAAAUUCGACCUGUAGCCGAAAAAUAUGGAAUAUGCAAAAUAAAACCCCCACAGGAAUGGCAGCCACCUUUUGCUGUAGAUGUGGACAAUUUCAGAUUUGUACCAAGGGUUCAAAGACUUAACGAAUUAGAGGCUGGCUCCAGAGUGAAGCUGAACUUUUUGGAUCAGUUGGCAAAGUUCUGGGAACUGCAGGGCACCCACCUGCGUAUCCCCAAUAUAGAGAGGAAGGCUCUGGACCUGUUCAAACUCCACAAGACUGUGCAGGAUGAGGGGGGCUUUGAGACAGUCAGCAGGGACAGGAAGUGGACCAAGGUGUCCAAUGUCAUGGGCUAUCCUCAUGGAAGAGGGGUGGGCUCUAUCCUCCGGGGACAUUAUGAGAGGAUGCUCUACCCCUUUGACAUCUUCCGCUCUGGAGCCACUUUGGACCCCUCGGCAUCCAAGCGUGACAACCUGGUCUAUGAUGAUGAUGACAAGAAGAAGGAUGAGGACUACAGACCCCAUGGAGUGUCCACCAAGGGUCAGGCGGCCAGCAGUCGUAGGUCUAAGAGGUACAACAGGGAUGUCUCUUCUCCUGAACCAAGCCCUGUCAAGGUCAAACAAGAACCUAAGCUUGAAGCCACUGAGGGCCAGGAGGAGCCUUAUAUUGACUACUCUGCCAACAAUGAGAUGAGGAAGCUUCAGUUUUUUGGAGCAGGACCUAAGGCUGCAGUCCCUAUCACUGUAAAAGAGGAAAAAGAGGUCAAAGAGGAGGGCAGUGGCAGGAAGAAAUACACAGCAAGUAGCAAGAGUGUUAACUAUAUUGACCUGUACAUGUGCCAUACAUGUGGUCUGGGAGAUGACGAGGACAUGAUGUUACUGUGUGAUGGCUGUGACGAUGCUUUCCACACAUACUGUCUGGUACCACCACUACAGGAAGUUCCUAAGGGAGACUGGAGGUGCCCUACAUGUGUUGCCAAGGAGGUGAACAAACCCAGGGAGGCAUAUGGCUUUGAGCAGUCUCAGAGAGAGUACAGUCUACAGUCCUUCGGGGAGAUGGCUGACGAGUUCAAGAGCACUUACUUCAACAUGCCAGUUCAUCUUGUGCCAUGUUCUACAGUGGAGAAGGAAUUCUGGCGUUUGGUGAACAGUCUGGAGGAUGAUGUAUUUGUGGAGUAUGGGGCUGACAUCCACGCCUCAGAGUGUGGCAGUGGCUUUCCCACCAAGGAGACCAAGGACCAGUUUCCUGAAGAUGAGGAAUACAUCAACUCUGGCUGGAACCUGAAUAACCUUCCCAUCCAGGAGAAGUCUGUGCUCAGUCAUAUCAAUGCUAAUAUAUCUGGGAUGAAGGUGAGUGAGGAGAACCACUCCAUCCACAGGGUGCAUUGUUCCAAUAAUUUGAAAUUCCGUUACUGGAAUAUUUGGUCAAAUCGUAGUAGCAUGAAAUGGUCAAACUAUACUCUGUAUAUGAUGUCGAUUGUUGUGGUAAUUUUAUGAAGAAAAUUAU